GGGACGUGUGGUAGAGUGAUCGAGCGCGCGCGCGCCUGCGUUGCCUGCCGUUAGCGUUUUCGUUUUCGAUGGUGUUCUGGCCUGGCGUUCCGUCGCGCGUACCGCACACCGCACGUUCUCGGCCGGCGCCGCGCGUGAAUCCCGGGCGUCGCCCCGUAGUAUCCGGACCGUGUGACGUGUGAUCCCCCGUGGGAGGGUACAGCCAGCGCGCGUAUUCCGCGAGCGGUGAUAGACACGCGAGUCGGCUGUCGGCUGACACAUCGCGCGAUCCCCUCGAGCGCGACGAGGACGAGACCCGCCUGGGUUGUGUUGGGUUGUGUCGAGUGUGUGUCGCAAGCGCGCGCGCGGGAGAAGGAAGGAGCGCGAAGCGCGAGUGAGUGAGAGAGAGAGAGCGACGGGCGCGACGAUCGGCGACGGCGGCGGGGUGGGAAACGGCCGGACGCGGGUGGAUAAUACCGAAGGAGACAAGGGACAGUGACGUGCGCGGGCGCGCGCGUCCACCGUGAACGUAGCCGUGGAACGUGGAACGGGCGGUAAAUAACGCGGCGUCGUGACCGCGCGCGGACGUGAUCCAGCGCGACGUUCAUUCAAGAAUGCGUUAAUUACGCGCGGCCGCCGGUUAAAACGUGCGUGUCCGUAGUCCGUACCUGCGUGUGACGUGCGACCAGCGAUUAACCCUCGCGUGGUGUUCGCGGGAAAGAGAGAGAAAAAGCGCGAGCGAGCGAGAGAGAGCGACGAAGAGGGAGCGAAAGAGCGAAGAACAUACAACGCGCUGAGCUGGGCUAACGGCGAGUCGAGAUGCUCAAGUUCAUCAGGGGGAAGGGCCAGCAGCCCACGGCCGAGCGGCAGAAGCUGCAGAAGGACCUCUUCGCUUUUCGAAAGACGGUGCAGCAUGGUUUCCCGAACAAGCCAACCGCUCUCGCCUGGGAUCCGAGUCUGCGGCUGAUGAUCAUCGGCACGGCAUCCGGCGCCAUCAAGGUUUUUGGAAGGCCAGGCGUAGAGUUCUAUGGACAACAUUCCGUCGAAAGCGGUGAGAAUGCCGUCACGAAGAUUGUCGCACUGCCCAAUGAGGGUCGCGUGGUGUCCUUGUGCGAUGACAAUUCAUUACAUUUAUGGGAGAUUAAUGAGAGUUCCGUGGUGGAAACGAAGACGUUGUCGUUGGAAGGGAAAUUAAAGAAGAUCUCGGCGAUGUGCCUCGAAUCCAGUGGGGAACAUCUCUUGCUGGGAACGGAAGGAGGCAACAUCUACUUGCUAAACUUGAAGACUUUCGUCACUCCGGAGAAUAUUAUCUAUCAAGAUGUCGUGAUGCAGAACGUCCCGGAAGACUACAAGAUAAAUCCAGGGGCGGUCGAAGCCAUAGCCGAGCAGCCAGGGCAUCCGGACAACAUCUUGAUCGGUUAUAAUCGAGGUUUGAUGGUACUAUGGAACAAAGCUACUCCGGGAGCUCAACAGCUGAUGGGUUUGUUUUCGCGUGCGCAGACCUUCGUCUCCACGCAACAGCUGGAAUCGGUCCACUGGAUCUCCGAGAAUCGUUUUGUCUCAUCGCACAAUGACGGUUCCUACGCGUUUUGGAGUCCGGGUAGCGACGCCGUGCCGGAGCCUACGACACUUUACGGGCCGUUUCCGUGCAAGGCCGUUAACAAAAUCCUCGUAUAUCCUACCGCUGAACACGGCGAGCUCGUGCUAUUCUCCGGUGGUAUGCAACGCGCCAGUUAUGGAGACCGACACACGAUCACUGUCAUGACCAAGGAGAAACAUUUAGUUUUCGAUUUCACGUCUAAGAUCAUCGACUUCUUCACCGUCUUCCCUAAGGAAGAGGAAGAGAACAAUGAGAGCCCUGCCGGUCCGGAAGCGCUUAUAGUGUUGGCCGAGGAAGAAUUAGUAGCUAUCGAUUUGACCAACCCCGAAUGGAAAAUGAUGGCUCUACCCUACCUAGUAUCUCUCCAUGCGAGUUCGGUGACUUGUUCCCAACACGUGCCUAAUGUACCCGAGGAACUUUGGGAAGCGAUCGUGGCGGCCGGUAAAGCGCAGACCGAGCAUCUUUAUUCGGACAAAUCAUGGCCCAUCGACGGCGGCCUCCUCCUCUGCCAGAAGCCGGCGCAUCUUGACAAGCCUAGAAACAAAGAACUGCUACUUACUGGACACGAGGACGGUACCGUCAGAUUCUGGAACGCGUCCGACGUCGCUCUGACCCCUUUGUACAAGUAUAAUUCGUCGAUUCUGUUCACCGGCGAGCACUUGGACGUUCUCGAGCAACCCCCGGAGGACGACGAGGAUGAGUGGCCGCCGUUCAAGAAGGUGGGAAUCUUCGAUCCGUAUUCCGAUGAUCCACGACUUGCCGUGAAGAAGGUUCUUCUCUGCCCGUUAUCCUCGACAUUGGUAAUCGCCGGCACAGCCGGACAUAUCAUAACUGCUAUUAUCUCUGCGGAACCGACCAACAAGGAGAUAAAGGCCGUAACAAUGAACAUCGUCAACGAUCGCGACGGGUUCGUGUGGAAGGGUCACGAUCAUCUGCCGCCGAGAACGACGAGUAUAUCGUUCGCGGUCGGAUUUCAACCUCAGAACCUCCUACAGCUGUACCCACCGGCCGCCGUCACGGCAUUAGCGUUGCACAGCGAAUGGGGAUUACUUGCUGCCGGUACAGCGCACGGACUCGCGGUCUUUGAUUACACCAGGUCGAAAGCCGUCAGUGUUAAAUGCACGCUUAAUCCAAAUGAUCUUUCUGGUGCAGGCGACACUCCUAUCUCCCGGCGAAAAUCUUUCAAAAAAUCCCUUAGGGAAUCUUUCAGGAGAUUGAGAAAGGGACGUUCGCAACGUCGAGCAAACGCUAACAGUCCUACGCGGAAUACCGCACCGGAGAAAAAGAAAGACAGCGUUGCCUCCUCGCCGAGUGGCGAUCCAUCACCAACAGAAUUGAAACCAGUGGAGAGACAAGUGGAAGCGAGGCCUGUUGACGACGGUCUAGGCUCUAUGGUUCGGUGUUUGUAUUUCGCCAGAAGUUACAUUAUUAGCCUACAAAAUACAACACCCACACUUUGGGCGGGCACCAACAACGGCACGGUUUACGUCUUCACGUUGGCCAUACCGGCCGGUGUGAGGAGAACGGAGGAAGACGUCAACUGUACACUGGGUAAGGAGAUCCAAUUGAAACAUCGUGCGCCAGUAAUCGCGAUCACGAUCCUCGAUGGAUCCAGUGUACCGUUGCCGGAACCCUACGAGGCCGAAAAGGGCGUGACGCCCGGACCCGAUAUGACUUCCACGCACAGAGUUGUGAUUGCCAGCGAGGAGCAGUUCAAGAUUUUCAAUCUUCCGUCCCUGAAGCCGUAUUGCAAGUACAAAUUGACCGCGCACGAGGGAUCCAGAGUGCGAAAAACGGGUUUCGCCAAGUUCUCGUGUCUCGUCGAGCCAGCGGGAACUCACGAGGAAACUUGCUUGCUUUGCCUAACGAAUCUUGGCGAUUGCCUAAUACUGAGUAUACCAGAACUGAGAAGGCAGUUGAAUGCCGCUGCGAUCAAGAGAGAAGACAUCAAUGGUAUUUCUUCCUUAAUAUUUACGAAAGCCGGAGAAGCGCUGUAUCUUCACUCGAGUUCAGAACUCCAACGAAUUUCCCUGUCAACCGCGAAGAUGACAAAGGCGUAUUGCGCGCUUAAUUUACCACCACACGCUAGAUCGUACGUGGAAAAUGCUAACGAGGUUGCACAGGAACAAGGCGUUGUCGAAGGCGUACCGGAAACCGAAGGGGAGACACAGGGAAGUCAACCACCGAUAGCGGCGAACAGAAUUAUCACGGAAAAUGGCGUAGUGGGUACCACUGGGGAGGAGGAAUCUCCGAAGGAACCAUCGCUGCGACCGGCUACCAGUAGUAUAGAUGUAAACGGGGAAGACGACCGUCAGGAUUUAAGUUCUAUCGGAGAUAUUACGAUCGACAGUGUUAAAGAUCAUUUGCUUAACAGUCCACUUUUCAGAAACGCGACGUCUUCCGAAGAUCUCCACAAUCGUUUGGCAGGACUUAAGAUGGAGGUGACUUCACGUACUUCCGAGGUAUCCACUCAAAAUCAGUCGCUGGUGGUGAAAACGACCACCGUGGUUUCGCAAACCACGAAUAGCACGACCGCUAAUGGCGAGGUCGAGAUGAGUCAGGCGAACGAAACGCAACACGUAAACAGCACUACGGUAGAGCGAGAGAUACGCAGUGGUAUCGAGACAACAACGACACACGCUACCAUCACUCUGCCCCCGAAUGUCGAGAUUAAUGCCGCGGAUUUGGCCAAUUUGGAGGUCACUACGACUACAGUGACCACUACUACAGAAAGGUCCAAGGCGCCGUUGGCUAGGCCUGAGGAGGUCGGAUCAUAGGCCUGUUCCAUAUCGUUUCUCCAUGCUGACCAUGCAUCGAUUUCGCGCUCCAUUUACAGAGCCAUCAAUAAUUAGUUACUCUUACCGAAUAAACGUGUACACAGCGGCGACAUAGAUAGGAUUUAUAUAUCAUAGAUUUUUUAAGAAAUCUAGAUUUCUAACUCAGCAUUUCAGCGACAAUCACUUGCAUCGCGCGAGCGACGAGUGAUCAAUUUUUAAUACAAACUACGCAUUUCAUUGACGUCUAUAUCAUUGUAUUCUAUUCGAAAGUGUUCCAAAUGGAUAACUCUUUGAAUUGACAGGGAAUCAAUGAUUUUUAACGAAAAUAGGCCUAGAAAAUGUUUUAUUUAUCAUGGUACGUCAUGAUAUAAGAAAUACAAAUCCUCAUUGUGCUUUUCUUUACAGAGGAAAUUUUUAUUAAUUGAUAAAUCGAGAUAAGGCAGUUUUAUGGAAGAGUAUCGUAUCAAAAUAUCCAAUUUUAGAAUAAAUUCAAACGAUUUUGGUCACGAGGAUUGAUCUAUCGUUUUACAUGGCCAAUUUUAAGUUGUUUAUUAAUUUAAUGAUGAAUCUGGUGCAUGUUGUAUAAUCAGCGUAAUCGUAGACUUAAAAAAGGAAAAAUUACUAGUUUACCGAGAGAUAGGGAGAAUGAUGAAACAUCACAAACCAUGAAUUAUGGCAGCCUUAAAUCUACCAUUAUUUUAUAUAUUUUUAAUUAUAAAGACACGCGACAUCCGCAGUAUUUGAAACGUUUCGAGCAUCUCGUUAUAGCUUUUUCGCGAGCAGAAGUUUGGUGCGAUAUAGAGAUGCUUCGAACAAAAAAAAAAACGUAGCUACUUAAGUAGAGUUAUAUAUUUGACGGACAAAGCGAGGAGAUUAAGCAUGGCAAAUUUGAGGGGAAAACAUCUGUUGGCAGAGGGAGAACGCGUUGAAAAGUAUAUUUUUUAUCAAUGUUGCUUAAUCGUUAAGUUUUCCUCUCUCUUUGCGUUAUCGAGGAGUGCGCGUCACCGAAUUUUCGAAAAAAUCCUCGAAUACUCGGGAGCGCUUAACGUAUUACAUAAAUACCGACAUAGUUACUUUAUUGUUGCAUUUAUCUGCAGUCUUUUUUUCUAGACGGAAUAGUCGCAUGGAUAAUCUUCAGCGAUGGGACUAUUGUUGCUAGAUGCGUUUCUUGAUACUUUAUCAAUUUUUAGAGAUAUACUACAUAUAUAUAUUAUAGCUUUUUUUUCGCAGCAAAUUGCUAUGUUUCGUAGCUUGUCUUUUCGCGGGAGUACCGAUUAUAUUGAAUAUCUUAUAAUUUUGAUCUCAGUAGGAUUGUCACGGGAAUGAUGAUUCGUAUUCCGGAAACUGCAGCUUUUCUUAACCACACACGUGCGUCGAUAAUCUCUUAAUAUCGUACAAAAAUGAAUCCGAAGUGCGAGAGACUGAAUGGAAAUGGGCCCUCCUACCGAUUCGCAUUAACUUACUUUCCUUUACACGAAUAAUACGAACGAUCAAAAUUUUAAUUGCUGAAUAUUUUAACUUUAAAUACACAUAUCAACGGUAUCAUCGAUUAUCCUUAGUGCGAUAAGUUUUAAUCUAUAUAGAUAAGUUUUUUAACGUCCGCCUCUAAAUCUUUUUAUCGGCAAAUCUAUAUUGAGUUUAUCUUAAUCUUUGAAGCAUAAUAUAUUGUCACAUUUCGCACAUGUGUGUUCGUUCGUGCUUGAAAAGAAAGAAAAGUGUAUCUACGUGUUGAGAUGGAUUUUAAUUUUUAUCGCUAAGUGUAAAGUGCUAUUUUUUAACGGUUCUUUAUUUUAUCAAAUCGACGCCGAGCUUGCUGAGAUACUUGCACUCGUAAACAUUGUAAAUUGUUUUUUACUUUGAUAAAGUAAUGUAUAGUGUACACAGAAUGAAAUUGAAACACUGCCCCCGAAACUUUUUCCUAUCCGACACUGUUAAAUACCGAUUGUAACAUGUCAUAUACUGAAUGCCUAUUACGAUGAAAUAUAUAAGUAAUUAUUAAUGUAUUUUCUA